AUGUCUGGGCUCUCGAAAUCACCAACCCCAAUAUCGCAUACCGUUGCCUCUGCGUCGGUGUCGGGGACGCCGCGAUUGGGGACGCCGCGAUUGGGGUCUCCGGUGGUCUCUGGAAAUGGUGAAACAGAAGAAGCUAAUUCGGUAAACCCAGAAGAGUCUGAGGUUGACCAGAUGCAGCUGGAACAAAAAACAUUAGAUGAACUCAAGAGCAUAGAGUUGUUGCCGCUGCUGUUAGAUCUGGUGGAAGGACUCAAGAUCAGACGGAUAUCGCCAAAGGACUUUGACAAUGCUGCUGGAAGAAUACGGGUGAGAGUAUCACGGAUGAGAACACUCCUCAACGGGAUUGAGGGACUGGACGAAUCGCACCAGUCGCGGCUGGCCAAGAUGAAAACUAUGGACGACCGUAUAUCGCGAAAAAGGGUUGUUUUGGAGACUUUUCGUGACUCUGUGGCAGAGAGGUUAGACAUUGAGAGUUAA